AUGGAGAAAGCCCAUGAAUUACUGAAGAAUGUGUUUGGCUUCUCAUCAUUUCGCCUGUCUCAGGAGGAAGUCAUAAAGCGUAUUCUCGUUGACAACGACAAUGCUCUCGUGCUGUUUCCCACCGGAGGUGGAAAGAGUCUGACGUACCAAGUGCCAGCCUUGUGCUUAGAUGGCUUGACGCUCGUCAUCUCACCUCUCAUUGCCCUCAUGAGAGAUCAAGUGGAAGCCCUGCGUAACCGAGGGGUGAAAGCCGCUAGCUUAGACAGCAGCCUCGAUGCUGAGACAACUGCAUGGGUGAAGAACGAAGUACUGUCAGGUGCACUCAAGAUUCUAUACGUAGCGCCGGAAAGAUUGAACAACGAGUCCUUCAUUGCCAUGAUGGGUCGUGUCAAAAUAUCGUUACUUGCCGUUGAUGAGUCACAUUGCAUAUCACAGAUUGCUCGAUUUGCGGAAGAACAAGACGUAGGAAGGGUGCUAUGUCUGACAGCCACCGCCACUCAGGCAGUUGCAGAGGACAUUUGCAAGUCCUUCUUGAUAGACCCCGUUGCAGGGGUAUUCCGCACACCUGUUUAUCGACCGAACCUGUCGUUCCAAGUCACCAUCGCAACGGAUUUGGAUUCCAAGGUCAAACAGCUUUUACCUCACCUGAAGGCUCGCACCGGCCCCGCCAUCAUCUAUGUCACCCUGCAGCGGCAUGCGGAAGAAGUAGCGAAUCACCUGAGACCCCACGGAAUCGAUCCCCUCGUGUACCACGCAGGCUUGCCUUCCGAACAGCGUGAAAGCGUCCAAAGCGACUUCAUGCAGAAACCCGAUGCUGUCGUGUGCUGUACCAUUGCAUUCGGUAUGGGGAUUGAUAAGGCAAAUGUGCGACUGGUGGCUCAUCUUUACAUGCCGAAGACGCUGGAGAACUACAGCCAGGAAGUCGGUCGAGCUGGUCGCGAUGGGCUUCCGUCUACGUGUUUGAUGUUUCUUUCAGCCGCUGACAUACCAGCCUUGGAAGGCUUCGCUAGGGGCGACACAUGUGCAGAAAGAGAUCUCCAGCUAUGGAUGCAUGAGGUCGCAUCUAAAGGCCCAGCCGCGGAUGACACAUUGGAUUUCAAUCUUUACCAACAAUCGAAGACCACUCCGACCGUUUUGAACCUAUGUUACGCUCAGCUUGAACUGGAUUAUAACCAUCUACGUGCAGUCACUCCGUUCUACUCAGUCUAUACUUUAUCACAGCGCACAGCGAGCGGAUGGGCCAAAGUCAUGUCGGACAACUCUCAGGCUGCUCGAGUUAUCAAAGAAAACUGGUAUUCCAAGGCCGGAGGCUACGAAAUUGAUGUCGUGAACGCGGCGACCAAGUCUGGUGUGGACCGAGCUGCGCUCACCAAGCGAAUCAAUGACUGGGAGUUCGAUGGCUCGGUCUCUAGCAAAGCAUCACAAGUGAGAGCGCGUUACGCCGUGAUCAAUCCGCUCCCUAAAGAUACCACGAGUGUCAAUGAGUUGGCGAGCAAGAUGCAUCAACGUAUGGUUGCCAGAGAGGAUGAAGCCGUGCAGAAAAUCCGCGAAGUUAUAAAGUUUGCCACGGACGAUGACUGUCUCGCCCACACUCUGUCAAAGUACUUCGGAGACGUGGAGAGCGUGCCAAAUCAAAUGUGCGGGUCGUGCACCUUCUGCACUACCGCGGAAGCCGUCCCUUUUAACCCGACUGUCGCUGCUGUUCCCGACCGUGACAAGAUCGCAGCCAUUCUUGCCGCAUGCCCUGAGCGAGACGACCCUCGGCUCCUUGCUCGCAUGGCGUUCGGUAUCACGUCGCCUAGACUGACGGCUGGCAAGUGGUCAACUUCACACCCGCUCUUUGGGAGUAUGGGGGACGUCGACUUCGACGCGCUCAUCAAGGCUUUUGAUGCUGAGUGCGAGAAGGCGGGCUAUCGGCGGACAGAAGCACCCGCGGCAGCGCCUACGAGAAAGCGAUCUUAUCCUCAGAGCUCGACUAGCUCAAGGGGAGGCUCGUGGGGAAGAGGCAGCGGUAGCAAACGGGCCCGAAGCUGGCGAGGAAGAUACAACUGA